AUGUCAGUACCUUCACAAGAUAACUUGAAUAAUGGUGAUAGCUUACUAACGGCGUUGGUUUCAGGGUUUUUCGCUUCGGCCGUUUCUGCCACGUUUACUUACCCUCUAGACUCAAUGAAAACCCAACAGCAACUUACCAAUAAUGCCCUUUUGAAAAAGCAUAAUCUUGAAGUUGCAUAUUCUAAAACAAUUGGACAGUUUUUCAAGGGUGGUAGUGCUCUAGUAAUUGGAAGCUUGUUUAAGAAUAGUGCCCGAAUAAUCCUGUAUAACUGGCUGUCGAAAUUUAUGUCUAUUGAUACCCAUGAUGCAAAUGGAGAACAUAGACAAAAAACAAGUGCUCCAAGAAUGGUGAUAGCUGGGGCAAUGAGUGGGUUUAUUGAAACUCUUUGGAUUAUUCCAUUUGAAAAUAUAAAGAUAACCAUGGUUCAAAAUAUGUUAUUACAUAAUGAAAUUAUUAAAUACUCUGAUCGUUUUGAUGUUACCGGACAUUAUGUUAGCAACAAACAUCAUAAACCUAUUCAAAAUAUCUUCUCCAAGCAAUAUGUUUCGCCCCAUGCAUAUUUAACUUCUGAACUCUACGCCCAAUUGAAAGGAGCAAGACCUACAUCUAAAUUCAAUCAAGGUUCAAAUAAGAUACAUCCAAAUUAUCAUAAUACUACAAAACUUGAUAGCUUGAAGAUGAAAUAUAAUAAAUCACCAUCAUCAACAUUUCUACACACCAUUAAAGAAAUGUAUCAAUUAAAAGGAAUGUCUGCAUUUACUUCAGGUACCUGUAUUACAUUUAUUAGACAGAUAGCCCUUUCUGGAGUCUGGUUAUCAACAUAUAAUGCCACUAGACAAUUGAUAGAUCCUCAUAACACCAGUAAUGAACAAAGUUGGUUCGGCCAUAAACACACUGCAAUACAGCUGGUGGGAUUACAUGUUCUUUCAUCAACAGCUGUUGUUUUAGCCACUCAACCUUUGGAUGUUAUUAAGACCCAUUUACAGCUGAAAAACGGGAAACUUGUUUAUAGAGAUUCAUUGAGUACAGCUUUUAAAUUAUUCUUAUCGCAAGGCCCUACUGCCAUGUUCAAAGGGGCAAUUCCUAGAGGUCUCAAAAUUUUGAUUAAUGGUGGGUUAACUGCUGCUGUUUAUGGUAAGGUUGAGGAUUUGGUUAACGUUGCAAGUGACCAACAAGUAUUUGGCGAAUAA